CGCACUAGCCGAGACUCGCAUCAGCAUAAAGUAUUGGUGUUUAGCACCAACCGACAACAGAUGCAUAUUACACAUAUCUAAAAUACAGAUAACAUUGAAGGUUGGUAUUCAAGAUGGUGUGGCUGUACGUUGUAGCUGCGGUGGUGGUUUUUCUUCUCCUGAAGGAGCUGAUGAGACUUCCAACUGUCGGCAAAUAUGGGGAGCGUUACGUCUUCAUCACCGGCUGCGACACCGGCUUUGGGAACCUACUGGCCAAACGACUGGACUCCCUCGGCUUCAACGUGUUUGCAGCGUGUUUCUCUGAAAGAGGAGCAGACGAACUGAGGAAAGUGUCGUCUUCCCGACUGAAGACGUUGUCGUUGGAUGUGACUAAACCUGACAGUAUUGUGAAGGCGCGUGCAACAGUUGAAAGACAACUUCCGUCAAAUAAAGGUUUAUGGGCAAUUGUGAACAAUGCAGGAAUAUCAGGCGCCGUAGGUCAGAUAGAGUGGCUGACAAGAGCGGAUUAUGAACGUUGUCUGUCCGUCAAUCUGUACGGUGUCAUUGAUGUCACGAAAACCUUCCUACCCCUUGUGCGCAGAUGUCGUGGUCGUGUGGUCAAUAUAUCAAGCAUGAUGGGAAGGAUAGCUGCCACGUCUGCCCCCUAUGUUGUGUCCAAAUAUGGUGUUGAAGGUUUCACAGAUUGUCUCAGACGUGAGGUUUUAAAACAGGGCGUUAGUGUCCAUUUACUGGAGCCUGGCUUCUUCAGAACAGAUAUAGUGAAUGUGGACGCCAUCACCAAGUCCUUCCAGACAUGUUUCAAUCAGACAGACCCAGAAGUACAGCGUUACUAUGGAGGCGAAUUCGUCCCGAAAAUGAAAACCAGAAUUACCGAGAUGCUGGAGAAAGUGGCGUCCCCCAAGACGCACCUGGUUGUGGACGCCUACACACACGCCAUCAUCGCCACGUUCCCCCGCACUCGCUACCUGGUGGGAAACGACUGUAAAUACUACUUUAGAUUGUUGUGGAAUCUGCCUGAGUGGAUCUCUGAUCGGGUCCUCACGGCCAAUUUCCUGGUGCCAGAGGGUGCAGUGUAGAACAUACCAGAAGAAAGAACAUUUACCAUUAUACGCGGAAUAUAUUGAGUAAAACAUGACGACGGUACAUGAACAGUACAACGUGAUAUCUCAUAACUUACCUACUGACACAGUUGAAAUCUGAACGAAUGUUAAUUUAUUCAGCUUCUGUUCCUUUAUAUGUAUUUGCAUGAUUUUCGUUCAUGUAUAUUUUAGUUUAAAAGCAUGAGAAAUUCAACCUCAUCCAAGAAUUGUAAAUAUGCCUCAUUAUCUGGACACUAAAAUGGAGAUGAUAUAUACGGUAUCAUGAAAUUGCCGAUGGUAAACAUAUCUGAGUAUAUAAAGUUGCUUUUGUUCAAA